GAUGUGGGAUCAGCUACCGGAGCUGAUACUGACGCAGAUAUUUGGUUACCUGAAUCGGGCCGAUCGUGUCAGCGUCGGUCAAGUCUGCCGAUCAUGGAAUCGCACGUUAUCCUCGCCGGUGCUCUGGCGAUCCUUCACAGUCCUCAUCGAUCGCGAGUUACGCGGUGACUUCCCUUUAGCCGGAGAAUUAGCCGCGAAAUAUGGACAGUAUAUGCGCAGCCUGGAACUUGCAUUUUCACGACCUUACAUCUUACCAAGGCAGAUGAGAAUUACGCGCAACACUCAAGCUGAAGCCGGUGCUGAUUUUCUCACGAUCAUUCGCGCUAAAGAUGUACAGCUGCGACAGCUAAUAUUGACAAAUUGGGUAUUCGGCUACAAAUGGGGCAACAGGGGAAUGCUGCUUUGUGCCCUGGCGAAUUUUUUGCGCGGUCAACGCAAUCUUGAAAUCCUGAGCUUACUGAACGCCGACUUUGGUGUAACCGACGUUUUGCGAUUAUUAGGAACAGUUGCCAAAGGAUCUGGCGAACGUUUAGUCUCUUUGGAUCUUCGCGGUGCUUUCAGAGAGUGGCAAGCUCCUCAUGAUAAUCCGAGAUAUUUGCGUUUGCUGAGUCGUUUCCAUGCUCUAAGUUUGUUGAAAUUAGACUAUCCAGCUCUAUCGAAUCAUGCUCUGAAUGCUCUUGCGAGUGGAACAGCAACGUUAAAAAGUCUGUAUAUAUCUGUGAGAGAUUCAGACUCUAGACAACACAUGGUAGCGGAUGCUGCUUGGCACAACUUAGUGCUAGCUUGUCCCGAUUUGACAGUAUCCUAUAUUAUAGUGAAUAUCUCGCACUACGAAGACAUGUAUUACUUGCUAUUACCCAGUGUCCCCUUAGCCAAGUUUCACAUGUUCAGCGGACACGUAUGGGAUCAGAGCAGAUCUCGGAAUUUUAGAAGCACGAUCAAUCUGCUAAUUACUCAAUACACGAAUACAUUAGUCGAAGUUAUACUGCAACUUAGGAACAAUCGCGAAUUACUCGAUGAUUUACUAGUAUCCAUGUUGAUACAUUGCAAGCGAUUGACGAGAUUGCAAUACGAUGGAAUUAUAAGAAAUUUCGGGACCUUGCGCGAAAUAUGUCAACUUCAAGCUGAAUGUAAAACACAUUUUAGGAUGAUACAUGUGAAACCUCGGAAUAUUAAUAUCCAAAAUCGUGCUAUAUUGAAUGAUAUUAAUUAUCAGUACGAUCGUAAAAUGCAUGAGCAAGGAGUCGAUUUCCGAGUUGAAGAUCCUACCUCGAUCCUAUUCUUCUAUUGAUGAUUGGUCUUACUUGCAUCAAUAUUUUUGAG